CGAUCAAAACCUGGAGCCUUCGAUCAUCGAUCCCCUUCAGCCCGGAUGUAUAAGGAAACAUGGCGAAUGAAGGCAAAUCUGGAGACGAACUCGCCAACGACGAAAUAGCCACCCAUGAAAAAUAUACGAGUUUUGAGAGCAAGUACAACCGUCCUAGAGCCUCGUUGAAAUGGCUCUUACUAGAUGUUGUUUGUUUUGCGGUCGUGGGUCUGCCGAUUCUUGUGCUAUUCCUUAUAGGUGUUCCUUACAAACGUGGCUUCAACUGCCAUGAUGAUAGCAUUAACAAACCAUUUAAAAAAAGCACUGUCUCCAGUCCUCUGGCUACAGCUGUUGGCCUAAUAUUGCCAGGCAUAACCUUCGUUUUGAUUGAGUAUUUUCUACAUCGUUCAAAGAAUCAAAAGGUGGCUAAUGCGAAGGACGUUGGACCAGUCAUAUACAUCGGCCCCAUCAAACUCAACUCUUUGCUUCUCAAGCUGCUUAAGAUAACAAUAGUCUUUCUAUUUGGCGCUGCAGUGAAUGUUUUGCUAACCGAUGUAGGAAAGUACGGUGUUGGUCGUUUAAGACCCCAUUUUCUUUUCGUUUGUAAACCGAAAAUGGGUGUUAUUUCAAACUGUACUGAAGGGGAGUACAUAACAGGAGACGUUUGCACGGGCGAUGAAUCUCUUAUCAGACAAGCAAGGUUAUCAUUCCCUUCCGGUCACUCGUCUUUUGCCGCAUAUACAAUGGUUUUCCUAGUCCUUUACCUGCAAGCUCGUCUCAACAUUUCCUCAAGUCUCCUGCUGAAACCAGUAUUGCAAAUAGCAGCCCUCAUCCUGGCUUUGCUCUGUGGUAUCUCAAGAGUCAGCGACUACAAGCACCACUGGUCAGAUGUCCUUUCAGGCUUCAUUCUUGGAACAAUGGUGGCAUACAUGGUGGUGUGGAAGCUUCUUAAAUGGUUCAAAAAUAUAUCUGGUGAAAAACAGAAGAUGUCUCUCAAGGACAUUGUUUAAGUAGGAUUAAAUACUAACCUUUUAAAAAGUUAAGUCAUAUGGCGAUUAAGGAAAACUGGGGGAUAACAUUAUCAUAAUAAUUUCUGUUAUCACCAGGGCCCAGUUGUACGAAGGGUGUAUAGCUUUAUCUGAUAGUUAAAUCUUAUCCAUUACCCUUCAUAAAUUUGGGCCUAGUAACAUUAGAGAAGAUGUACCCAGAGGAUCCAAAGACAUCUCUUGUCUAUCCCUUGUCCUUACUACCAUACUUGUCUCUACUAUCUGUGUCUCUUCCAUCCAGUCAUCCCCUGGCGAUUCCCAGGACAUCCCCCUGUGUCUUACAUGGUAUUUACCUGAUAAGUGACUUAUCAUAUGUUGGCAAAGAUGAUUUAGGAUUUAGGAUUUAAAAGACGGAAAAGACAGUUGUUCAAUUGACUGCAAUCUAUAUUUUACUAACGUUUUUAUUGUUUUUGUGCCGGCAGAAAGCGUAGCCUAUUCGCCAGACAAAAACGACCAAAUAGUUAACCCUAUCCCAGACUAAAAUGAUACCCUAUCCCAGACAGAAUGUCAAAAAUA